CUCGGAAUCGGAGAGUACGUGUGCUGGCUAUAGUUAGUUGUGCGAUCUUUACGAACCUCGGGCGAUAAUACGAAAGCGAACGCUCCCAGGCAUAAACACACCGCCAGCACCCUCUAUGGGAAGUCUUGAGUUUGUGUAUCGCGCCGGCUGAUAAGCUGCUCCGUAAGCGACUUUUUGGCGGCCCAAGUGGAAGGCAGUGCGGGCCCGCUUCCAGUGGCAAAACAAUGGUCGUAACUGGCGCGUAAUUAACACACAAAAAACCGGGCGACGAAGCGAAUUUGUUUGCCAAAAGUGCUUCAUGUGCGUGAGAGGAACGAGUGCGCCUGCAUGAGAUACUGAGUGCGGAAAUGGCCUAGGGCCGCUCCAGAUUCACAGAUUCACAGAUUCACAAACGAACUACGCAACACAUCCGCCACCCGUUGGCGACAGCAGCAACAUGGCAGGUGAGGCGCCAGCAGCAACAUCGCCGCCGGGCUGCAACAUCAUCAGCAGCAGCAGCAGCAACAACAACAGCAGCAAGAACAACAGCGAAGGCAAGGAGAGCAGUCCCGAUCCCGUGAAGCAGCAGCUGAACUCCAGCGUGGACAGUGGCAUCGCGGUGCUGGAGGCGGAAACUCCCACCUUGCGGAGGCGCCAGCGGUUGCACCAGUGCCAGCGAAUCCUGCAGAUACUGCAGCGGGACCAUCUCAACCACCAGCAACUGCGGGAUAGAUUAAGCAAACUAGCCAAUAAGAAGUGGAGGAAGGAGGAGCCCAGCGAGGAUCACAGCUGCAACGUCUGCUGUGCGGACUUGGAUCUGAGCAGUGCCAAAAGCUUUGUGAAAUGUUGCACCUGCGGGAAAUCCGUUUGCCGCGGGCCAAAGUGCGCCGACUGGCGGCCCAAGGACGCCAAGUGGGAGUGCCAGCUGUGCCAGAGCUCAAAGGAAUCGCUGGCGCACACCUCAUCGUGGGUGGCCGAGCAGAUGUCCUUCAACCAGCACAAGUUCGUCUAUCCGAUGAGGGCCAGGAGUGAGGUCUACAUACCAAUUUUGGGCGAUGGAAACGACAGCAGCAUGCAGUUCGAAAGCGUUAGCCAGAGUGGCCAGACUGCCAAUUUGGACGAGCGGGCCAAGAUCCGCGAGUACGUGGAGGAGAUCGUGGCCGAAAUGCUGGGCGGCAAUUUGGACCACAUCAAAGUGGGGCAGCUGUCCAAAAGCGAGAACUACUUGCAACUCUUUGACAAAUUCCAUGCGAAGCUGAGUAACCUGCUUAUCAAUGUGGAAAACGGUUUGUGCGCGCGUGCGCUCAAGGGAGAUCUGCCGGCCAUCGUAAAUGGCCACAACAGCGGCAGUGGCCUAAACAACAAUAACAACAACAACAACAACAACAACAAUGCCGACUCCGAGUUGGCCGACAUUUCGCAGACCCGACUAAGAAGUCUCAUAGAGACGAUCAUAGCGGAGACCCUGCGGAGUUCGACCUUGAGUGUCAGUGGGGCGGUGUCCGAGAUCAGCCUGGACACCCGGUCCCACGCCUCCGAGUUGGCCAAUGGCAAUGGCCUGAAGCGGCGCCACCGCACCGAGCACUACUUCGAGCCGAAGAUCUACCAGGAUCUGUUGGCCACGGCGGUGCUGAAUAAGAUUGCGGAUAAGGAAGGGAAUACAAGGCUCUUGGCGGAGAGUACGCCGGACUUGAGUGGUCGCCACAUUGACGAGAAUUUCAAUGCCGAAGCGCUGAGCACAACGUCCGGAAGUUCAAUAGAGCCACGCAGUGACUGCAGCCUCACGGAUCAUGAAAUCGGACUGGAUAACGGCAAAUCCCAAUCCCUGCAAACGGACUUGGAGAGGGAAUCGGUCCUCAGUGAUUACAUAGCCGCACAUAUGGUGCCUCUGCCAGACUUUUCAGCAUCCGUCACCGAAUCCGAGGAUGAUAUUGGAUCCAUCUCCUCGGGAAUGAUCGGGGAGGGUAACUGGGAAGACAACUGGCUGUUCAAGAAGAAGCGCAGCUCGGCCACUCCGAGCAGCAUUGGCAUGCUGGUGCCGGCUCCAAGUGAGAAUAUUAGGGCCCAGAUUGGCGACAAGACCACCGACGAGGUGAGCGAUCUGUCGGAGAUGGGCUCGGAUAUCGAGGAGAGCUCUCUGGAUCUGCUGCGAUGCAAUGACCUUAACGAUCGCCUGCUGAGCAAACACCUGAUUGGUGGCCAGAACACCAAGCUCGUCCUCGAUGAGCUGGUAGACCGCACCAGUCUCACGUCCCACACAUUGCUGGAGGAGCACGAGCCUGCAUUUACGGAGACAACCAACGAGUUCGUGGUGUCCCCAAUGGCCGUGCCAUCCGAUGCGAAGGCUCCUUCUCCAAUACCGCCACCACCUCCAACUAUAUUCCAGGACGAGCUGUUGAAUGAGGAGCCGGACCAUACUCCUAUUGCAGAUCAAUUAAGUUCAGAAUCAGUUCAGAGCGAUGAGAGUGAACCCUCCACAGCCUGUGAGACGUUCAAUGGAGACGGUGACUCUGAACAGGAGCUUGUUAGCGAGAGGGUUCUAGUCCUGGACAACCAGCGAUCCUUUAGCACUAACACCAACUCUAACAGCAGUCUGCAGACCCACUUGCACCUCCCACUAACCCGAACUAACAACCCAACUCCAAGUAGUAGACGCACUAACGGAAAACUAACAAAUGGUUCCCUUCGAUGGUCGGGUAGCUAUACUACCGAACUGCCAAAAGGCGCCAAUCCGCCAGACGAUGUUGCCGAUGACGAUGUUGUACUGUUGCGGCGCUUUGUGCCAGGUUCCAUUGCGGAGCGCGAGGUGAAGAAGUGGUACAAUGCCGUUGAGAUGCCGAACAACCCAUACGCCCCGGAGGCCCUAAAGCAGCGCAUCAGCGGCACUCAGGAGCGGUACAUGGAUGUGCCGAACAUCAGCCCGAGUGCUGAGCAAAAGGCCCUGGCAUCGGCACUGACGGAAAAUCCGGAUCCGCCAUUGCCACGAACGGAUUACAAGCGCUAUAGCCGCGACUACUACAUCAACAAUGCCCCACCAGACAGCACGGGGAGUGGAAAGCCUACAGCCCCCACCUCCGAGAUGCAGCGUUCAUCCGAGGAUGUGGAGGACAUCGUGAUCAACGAGGCUCGAAAGGCAAGCGAACCUGCCAAAGAGCAGGAUCAGGCACAGGAGUCAGUGUACAAAGCCCUGCCAGUUCAGGUCCUGGACGAGUCCCUGGACUCCCAAUCGAAUCCCUCGUUGUACUCGCUGCAGACCACGAACACGAAUACCAGUGACGAAUCCGACACGGUGCGCAUCUACGAUUUUAAUAAGCAGGAAACGACGGUCAUCAAGGCUGUUCCAAAGGAGCAGCAGCCCAGCACCUCCACCACUUCCUCCUCAAUGGAGUCCGCCCAGAGUGCUCCGCCUUCGGAGUCCUCCAUUGACUCGUCGGUCUCGAAGAAGCGGGAGCGGCCUGUCGUUCUUCAGUUUGGUCCUGGGGACUCGGCGCCCACAAUAGGUUCACCAGCUGGAACACCAACGCGGGGAUCCACUCCUCCUGCCUUCAGAUUCCUGCAGCCCAAACGCCGCCUCAUCGACCCCAGUCAGGUGCUCUCUGUAGAUGAAGACGACGAGCCCGAACCUACUACUCCCGCGGCGGAAAAGCCCGUGAUCGAGGAUGAAGUCGCCCACUCCAUGCCAUCUGUUAAGGCUCUGGCUCAGGCCUUCCUCCUGACCAGCAAGCACACACAACCCCAGCGACGGUGGCGGGCCAAGGUCAAAUUAGCAGUCCCGCCAGAUACGCCGGAAAAGCCAAAUUCCUCACUGACGAAGCGUCAUAAACUGGAGCAUGCAGUUUCCAUGGCAGAAGUUGCCGAUGAGUCGACGAUUGCCUCCGAUUUGUCAUCUCUCGAAACAGAUCCAUCAAUCCAUUCGGAAGGCAAUCCACCCAUAGCCUCGCCGGCGAGUCCUGUACCCGUGCGACAUGGCUUCCUUCGGAGCAAUAUUGCUUUCUUUGAGAAUUUAAAGUUCAAGUGAAUACGCGACCGGAGCUUCGUACGUGUGUGGCCAUUGGUUGAUUUUCUCGGAGGGGGAAAAUACACUAUAAUGGCGAGGCACACAGCCCAUAAUCCAAACCAAAUCUUCGCCAAAAACCAUGUGCCAUGGCCUCCAUUUCCCAGCCCGAAAAUUCACUAAACAAACUACUUAACUUCAAUUGGCACUCGAUAUGCGCCAUUGUUAAUUUUAGUCUGUAUUUACUAUUACAUAAUUCUUAUAUCCAUGGAUACUAUUUAUUUAUCUCUAAGAUAUGUAUUAUGUAUGUACUUUCUAGGCCUAAGAGAAACUGAUUUUCAUUUCAGCUUAAUAAUGUUACACUUGACCCGUACUAGUUUAAAUGUUAUAUAAUUGUACUCAAUAAAACAUACAGUGAAGCAAAA